UAUUUUUGCUUUUCAGGGUACAGAGUUUCAGGCUGAAAAUCAGCUCUGCAGGACAACAGAAACUUAUAAACAAAAAUACAAAAACCUAAUAAAAAUGAUUAAUAAUUUUACUGUUUUCAGUUUUGCCUGUUUUUCAGUUUUUCUGCAACUUUGCCGUUUGCGUCCCGAAAGCUGUCGUACUCAGCAAAAUUGAUGUCCAGCUGUGUUUUGAAAUCACUUAAAAACAUGGCUCAAAAUGAAGAGCGGCGAUCCCAUCCUUUAAUGUUGCCGUACCAUCCCGAUGAAAUGAGCGACGAGGAAUGUUGGCUGACGGAGCAACAGUUUGCCAAGGAGAGCAACGAUCGGGAGAGCGCAGCAGAUGAUGAUGCCGUCUCAGAAAAAUCUUUCGGACAACACGGAAAUUUUCUGCACAUCUACAACGAGAAACUGAAAGAAGACCGUGGAUGCCAAUUGUUUUCGGGAUUAGACCGCAGCCCGUCGUACACGGAUGAGGAGUCGGUAUCAGACAGCAAGGAAUCGACCCGUGCGCAGGCGAGUGAAAAUGCGGAGUCGAGUCUGGAGGAAAAAGCAGAAAAGAAGAUGGGUGUUAUGGGGAAAUUGGGGAGCUUUCUCGUGAAAGUAUUCUGGGAUCCGUCAGUCAAAAAGGAUGAUAAGAAGAUGGGAUGAUGCGCACAAAUUACAGUACUUCCAUGCAGUUGUGCAGCACACACCCUACCUAUCACACGGGUGAUUUCACAACGAGUACGAUACUUUUAUUCCAGAUGAAUAUUAUGGUAAUUUAAUUUAAGGUUUACCGAUGAUCUCCAGAUUGCGUCUUGUGAUAAUUUCAUUUUGGUUAGUUGCUUUAUAAAGUUCAGUGUUUGUUAGGAUUUUGGGUUAAAUGUUUCGACUUAUACAAAAUCGAAGUUUUGUAUCUACUUAAAUUACGUAGUUGUUCGUUUUAUUGAUCUUAUGUUAUGAGCUUGGCAACGUUGGUUUCAGAUUGUGCAGCAGCCCAUGCGUUUUACAGUUUUGAAUGGUUUAGCUGUUGUUUACUUUAUGCGGUUAUGCACGCUUUUGUUGCUGUUUGGUGUGUGUCGUUACCGUUGUGCGAGAAUUUUUUAUGAUUUGAAGGUUUUGAAUUUUUUGUAGUAACAAGAUGACGGCAAAAUGUCAGUUUGCCAGUAAAAGCGUAAUCAAACCAGCUGAUCGAUUUAUUAUCACGCACAGUACGAAAUCUGAGGAGAAAUUUCACAAGCACUACAAAGAUGCUCCGCGGAAGAUUUUCAUGCGGCCACCGUGCGAGCACGAAGCACCGCUCCCGAAUCCUGCCAUCGAAAUCAACAAAGCCUGCAACUACGCGGUGUAUACGCUGAAAUGCCGCUAUUACGACGAACUGACGGCACGUCAAUUGGUUGCAGUAGAACGCGUCAUCGAAUUGCAAGGUUCCUGUGAUAUUCAUGUGGAAACAUUACACAGUUUCAGCACACUGCUGACCUCCAUUUUAAGUAAAAUAACCGAACACACGGAUUUUGCCCUAUACGAAGCGUGUUUAGUGGAAUUGGUCAAAAUUGUCAGUCGUCCGGUGAAUAUUUCCUCCUUAACCGCAUCGUUUUUUGAAUCCGAUCAUAUUCGCGAUUUGUACGAUGCCAUUGGAUUAUUUAUCGCGAAAUCGCCACCGAAUUUACUGCAUGUUUAUAUCCCGGCUGUACGGGAAAUUGUCAACUAUAUUAUUGCCGAUGUGGUGCGGGAAUCGGAUGCAGAAUUCGCCAGUUGUGCGCGGCAGAGUUUUGUGCGCAGUACAAUUUUAUCCAGUAUAAUAAACGCUUAUGACAAUAUAUGCCGCGAUGGAACGUACUCUGUUUUUGUGCUGGGUAUUUUCAACGAUCUUCUAGAAUUCUUACCGGACUCAGCGAUUGUUCUGUUGGAAAACGAAUUUGUUAGCCCAUUGGUCGAUUUGUUGGACUGUGUUUUAUGCGAUGUCGUGGAAAUCAUACUUUAUCGUGAACCGGUUUUUGUCAUUUCCGGUCUGCUGUUGCAGCUGUGCUCAGUAAAUAGGGAAAUCCAUAGCAAUUUAAUUGUACAAAAUUUCGCCCAAGAAAAAAUUGUAGAGAUUAUUUACAAAACAUUUCAGCGAUAUUUUCUCACUGUACAUGAUGUCGAUCGAGAGAUCCGUAAUACUUUUGCGGUUAUCAUUUUUGUUCUGUUCGAGAUUGGUGUUAAAAGCGACGCAAUGGCAAAUAUUUUAAACGCUUAUAAUAUUGUGGAAUGGUUUGUGCAAGUAGCAACGCGACCAGAAUUAACACACGAAAAUUCUGAUAUUGGAAAGCUCCGUCUGCAGAUGCACGCUAAAGAUGCCGCACUCAAACGCAUUUUACUGCAGACUACAAUUCCUGCAUUGCGUUUGUUGCCGGAUAUCGCUUCCGAAUUAAGGAUGAACAUUAUGAAAAGUUUGUUAUUUUACAUGCCGCCGUUUGCCUCUCAUAAAAAAACAUUCUGGAGUGCUGUUGAUUACGAACACAAUCGGAUAAUCGGUGUCCAAGUGUUGACCGUGACAUAUUCGUAUUUGGCCGCGGAGUUUCGUGAUCUGGAAGGCAGUCAAGCGGUGAUUUCCCUGUUACGCGGCAUGGACGGACUGGACGGCGAAGCGUACUUUGUUGGUAACCAAGAGCUGAAAGCGAUAUUCCACGCACACCCACAUUUACUGCUACGGAAAGUUCUUAUUCGAUGUAUACGAACAAUUCUGCAGUCAGAGAAAACGGAAACCGAAACAUUAACCGCAUUCUGCAUCGCCAGUGAAGGCAUUUAUGCACUGGUGCAGGUUUUAACCGCCACAAUCCAAGAAAGGGCAUCGCAAGAUUUCGGGGAUUCGGCACUGAUUUGGUGUGAUAUUCUGGCUGUUUUUAACCAUGUGAGCAAAAGGGACGAGGUCAUUCGGGACUCGGUUCGACAACUGGGGAUUCACGCGCUGUUGUCGCUAAUGGAGAUUCCCAUAGAAUCGACAAAGCCGGAUGGCGCUGAUGUGAUACGCUGUAUCUUUGCUGCCGCGGAGACGUGGGUGGUUGGCAGUGAGGCAGCGGAAAUGCAGUUUAUCAUGGGAAAUGGCGUGGACCGGCUGCUGAAACAUUUUCAGGAAAGUCCGCCGGAAGUGGAGAAAGUUUUACUGUCGCCGCUAGAAAAUAUUUUAUUGAAAAGCUUUAAAAUUACGAAAUAUUUGGAGUUCCUGCCACAUCGUCAGUUUUUGCGUAGCUUAAGCAAAUUGUGGCAGUAUACCGAAGUGAAGCCGGUAAUUUAUUCCAUUCAAAUUCUACUGUGUAGUAGUUGGGAUAAAAUAUCGGAUGAGGAGGCUAGGUUGCUACAACCUAUUGGAAAUUACAUGACUGAUUUCUUUCAAGAGAAUAUCAAUUUUUUUCUUGAAAAGAACGAUGCACUGAAACCAUGGAUAGCGGAAGAAUUUAGAAAAUUGAUUUUAUUAUUGCGCAGUGGAUCGAACACCGGUUACUCACCAUCUGUGGAACGUAUCAUACAAAACAUGGGGGAAUGCUCCAAAUGUUUACUAUACGUCCUGGAAAGGACACACAAGGAACUUACCGCUAAUGCGCCGUUUGAUAGCAAUCUUUUCAAGCAAGGUGUGGAUCAGCUGGAGUCAACGGCGGGACCUCGUAUACUAUACGCCCGAUCUAACAACUGCCUGUUCGCGGAGAGCACAGGCGAACUUAAUAGAGCGAUGUUGGAUGCUUGACCUUUCCAAUUUGCUGGCGAUAAAGGGACAGCAGCAGCCCUCCGUAUUUUACCACGAACGUAUGAAGUAUCAUGCCGGCACCAUCAUGCCGGUACUUUCCAAUAAGAUCUCACGGAUCUGUUGGAAAAAUGGUUUUGACCACCAGCGCAGGUCCACUACACCGGUCAUAUCCAAAUGAUCAAGAUUGGAGCAAUAAUUACGGGAUCGGAAACAACAUAAGCCCCACCAUAACAGAUAUCAAAAGACAUGGUUUACCCACACUUCAGUAGUUGUUCGAAAGACAUGGUUUACCCACAUUUCAGUAGUUGUUGAAAUUUUGCUCGAAUCGAACGGGUUUAUAACAUAUAUUAUUUUCAUGCUAAUUUGUAUAGUGCAAAACUGUUUUUUGGUAUGAUUUUUGUAAAAACAAAACUGUACCAUGCAAACGGAAAAGAAUAGGUGAG